UCCGCGGAAGUGGGAGCAGUCUCUGUAAUCUCCUUUACUGUCUGCAGUCUCUGGUUAUCCCCUGCACUGUCUGCAGUCUCUGGUCUUCUGUACUGUGUCCACAGUCUCUGGUCAUUCCCUGUACUAUGUCCACAGUCUCGUCAUCUCCUGUACUGUGUCCGCAGUCUCUGGCCAUCUCCUGUACUGUGUCCACAGUCUCUGGUCAUUCCCUGUACUAUUUCCACAGUCUCGUCAUCUCCUGUACUGUGUCUGCAGUCUCUGGCCAUCUCCUGUACUGUGUCCGCAGUCUCUGGUAAUCUCCUGCAGUGUGUCCGCAGUCUCUGGUCAUUCCCUGUACUAUGUCCGCAGUCUUUGGUCAUUCCCUGUACUAUGUCCGCAGUCUCUGGUCAUCUCCUGUACUAUGUCCACAGUCUCUGGUCUUCUGUACUAUGUCCGCAGUCUCUGGUCAUCUGUACUAUGUCCGCAGUCUCUGGUCAUUCCCUGUACUAUGUCCGCAGUCUCUGGUCAUCUCCUGUACUGUGUCCACAGUCUCUGGUAAUCUCC